AUGAUAUCCGAAAUUCUGGACGGCUUUGUCGAGACGAAUUUUACCACCAGGGACUUCGCUACCACUGAAAACGCACAUCCUGUAGCCGCUCUCAAUAGACGCCACAGCCCGCCUGCAGGAUACUCGAUACAAUAUCCUAAUCGGCUGGUCAGUCGUCAAGAGGUAGUCAAGUACCCCUCACAAUUUGCAACUUGCACCAAUGCUUCCCGCACCCACUCCUCUGCGGCUUCUCCGCUCAAUGCCUGCGGUGUUUCCCCGAAUGGCACCCUUCUCCGCUAGCGCUUUGCGAGGAGAGUAUGCAUCUGAUCCAGGCGAGUAGCUACCCCUCCCAGGCCUACGCGGUCUUCUGAUGUUACCAACGGCUAACGGAUAUCUAGUAAAACGGACACUCGAGCCACUACCCUACUUCGUCUACCGGACUGAGAACAACAAUCUUCCAGUCUAUCAAGAAUACAAGGCGGGGGGAAACAAGCUCCAGACCCGCAUACGGAAAGUUGAGGGCAAUCUCCAAUUUUUGAGGAAUCAAAUUGAGGACGCUUUUCAGAUGAAGAAGGGACAAGUAACGAUCAAUUCUCUUGCUGGGCAUGUCAUAAUAAAGGGCCGGAGGAGAGAUGAGAUUGUAAGGUUUCUGUUGGAUCAUCAGUUUUGA